AGAGAACAACACCACCAUCCCUUAGAACCCACUCAAAACAAAGUAAAUAUCGCUUCUUUGCUUGGAUUUUCUGUGUUGGAUUUACUUUAAAAAUCGUAACAUACUUUAAACGAAAUUAUUACUUUAGUUAGAACCACGAAUUAGGAAUCAACUACCUAUCAAAAUGAAUUUAAACGUGUCGAAUCUUGGCAAGUUUGUUUGGAAAUCUCAAGCUGUAGCGGGAAUUGGGUACCAGCAAGUAAGGAAUAAAUGGGCCAAUUGUCUUAUGAUCAGGGAUGUGAAACGUCGUCGAAUGAGUGCCGAGCAUUUCCUAGAAAGAACCCGCAUUAAUGCCAUGAGGAAAAACGACGUGUUACCUGCAGAAAUUAGAGAAAUGGCUGACAAAGAUAUCAACAAAUUUGAGAUGAACGCAAUCCCUUUGAGAAUCAACAACAGAUGUGUUAUUACUUCCAGACCUAGAGGUAAUGUUUUGGACUGGCGCAUGAGCCGUAUUGUCUGGAGACAUCUGGCCGACUACAACAAACUGUCCGGUGUACAGAGAGCCAUGUGGGGAUAAAUAGAAUUAGGCAUAGAUAUGGUUUAUUUAUUAGCUGUUUUAAUAAAUUGUUAGUACCUAUAGA